AAACUCGAGUUGUAUCUGUAGUGACAUCUAGUGGAUUGGAAUAGUUUUGGUUGCGAAAAAACAUGUUUAUUUUUGUUUAAUUGAGUCAACUUUUGUUUUGGAUAAUUUAUCUUAAUUUUUUGGACCAAAAUUUGAAAAUGCCUGCUAAACAGGUUAUUGUAACGUCAACUCUCAACUCAACAUAUUGGUCUAUUAAUGUUCAAGAUUUACUCACUGGAACCCAAGUCUCUUGUUUCAAGGAAUCAAUUACUUGCGGUUAUAAUGGGUUAGCUUGUCUAUUCGACCAGUAUUUCCUGUGUUCACAGAAAGAUUCUUCAGUGGUGCAUUUAUGGAGUCUUAGGAAAAAAAGUAUAGUCCGUACCAGAAUGAAAUGUCCUUCGACAGUAACUUCAUUGGCUGCAACUCCAGACGGAAUGUAUAUCGUUUUGGGAUUAGAAGAAAAAAUAUACAUUUACAUGACCUCUUCCGGGCGAUUAUGUUCAAUCUUAGAAAGGCAUUAUCAGCCAGUAACUUGUAUUAGGAUGUCCAAGUGUGGUUCUUUUUUCAUCUCUGGGGGUGAAGAUGGACUCGUGCUGGUUUGGAUCUUAUCCACAAUUCUUAGUAAUGGGUACAAUGAACAUCAAAACAGCUCAGAUAACUCAGAAAGUCUUAACCCAAUGCACACGUGGUCUUACCAUAAUGGAAAAAUAACUGAUAUCCACUGUGGAUAUACAGGUAUUCGUGGUAAAUGUUGUUCUGUUUCAGUCGACUCUACUUGUAAAGUUUAUGAUAUUCUCUCAGGAAAUCUUUUAAUAUCUAUUUCUUUUGAUGAACCCCUUUGGUCGGUAGUCAUGGAUCCUGCUCAAAAUUAUUUAUUUGUUGGUGGUGAAAAAGGAAACAUCUACGAAACAAAGUUAUUCGAUACGCAGCAAAUAUUAAAUGAUUUAAAUAAACCACAGCCAAAAAUAUUCAGUGGCCAUUCGGGCAAAGUUACUCAUUUAGCUGUUUCUAUUGAUGGAUUGGCUCUAGUGUCUGGUUCACACGAUUCCAAAGUUAUGGUUUGGCACAUCAUUAGUAAACAAAAAAUGAAAACCUUUGAACAUCGAGGUGCUAUUACGAAUCUUUUGGUUAUACCAACACCUAGAGGUAUUUUGGAGGAAGAAGGACCUUUGAUUCCUGUUAAACCAUUCAAAUUAACAAAUGAUCCAAACUUAGAUCCAUUGGAAAAAGAUUUAAUUCAUGUGAAAAACGAGCUGAUCGACCUGGACAAAGAUGAGACUCCUGCAAACGAUGGACAAUUAUUCCGAUUAAGUUCAAAUGCGUCCACAUCAGAUGAUGGCGAGGAAAUUGAAAAGCUGAAGAAGAUAAACCAACAAAUUUAUGAAUUUUCUGUGGAUUCGAUUUUCAAAAAUUUAGUAAAAUGAAUAUCUAAAUUUGUUUUUUGUUUAUUUAACAAUUUUUCUAAAAUUUCUGUAAUUUCUAUUCAAUUUAAGAGAAACAUAAAAGAUAAAAAUUUUCAUUAACAUAAUAUUUAAUUGAAUUAAGCAUUAAAUCUCAUUCGAAUAAACCGCCUGAAUAUGAAAUAAUCCGGUAUCCACUAGAGGUCUCAAGCAGUUUCUCUAAAUAUGUAAACAACCGAAGCAUGUUAUUUUAAAUCUCAUCAAGUUCAAUCAAUCAACAUCGACCAAAUUAGUUCAUUAUUUUUAGUGACAUCACUCACAUCAUGGAGGAAAUCAAACCAGAGAUUGAUAGUUCAGUGCCAAAAAAACCCAAGCUUCAUAUAUGGAAUAAAAUUUUGGUGGAGGAUGAAUUAGCAGAAGCACUUGAAUCAAGUAUGACUUGCCGUCCAUUUCCAAAUGCUAUUCGACCUAAGAAAAAAAACAAGAAAAAAAAGAAUAAAAAGAAUAAAAAUCAAGAUGGUCAACCGAAUCAAAAUGGCCAGCCUAAUCAAGAUGGUAAACCUAGUCAAAACAGUCAAAAUGGACAAAACGGGCAAAGUCACCAGAAGAAACCAAAGAAAUCGAAGAGAUCCAGAGGAAUACCUUAUGCUAUCUUGACUGAAGAAGCUCGAAAGAUUAGUAAUAGAUUAAAAGAAAAAAGAGUUGACCUAAUAAUUCGCAGUAUCAAACUUUUGGGACUUGACGAAGUCAACAAAUUGUGCUCGGAAGUCAUGACGAUUGAAGACGCAGGUGGAUUGAUGACAAGGAAUGGAAACCGAAGGAGAAGUCCUGGAGGUGUAUUUUUUCAUUUAAUUAAAAGUAGCGGUCGGUAUGCAGAAGAUAUCGUUAAAAACAUUCUUAAAUUAAACCAAUGAACCCACCAUUUUACAUGCAUCUAAUAACAUCACAAUACUAAUCAUAUUUACGGUUCAUUGAUUCCUAAUAAAUAUGAUUGUGUGUUAAGAAUCCAUCAAUCCAUCUAUCACUUCAAUGUAAUAUUAAAGACAACUUAAAGCUUAAAAAUUACCAAAAUUGAUUUCAAUUACAACUUUAUUGAGCACAAUAAAUGUCAAUGAGUUUGCCUUCAUCCUCCAA